AGUAGCGGUUCAGUCGCAGCGAGAUUCGUAGAUUCCAAGGUUUACACACGUUGGCUUUCAUUGGCCGAGGUUUGGUCCAUCGUCGCAUUGAGGAUGGAAGCGAUCGAGGAAGGGGCGGAAUCUCUGGAGUGGCCCGAUUACGUAGUAAUCGCGAUAGUCUUGUCGAUCUCAGCGACGAUUGGCUUGUACUAUCGGUUCAGUGGUGGACGUCAGAAGACAUCGGAGGAAUACUUUUCGGCGAACCGAUCGAUGCGGACACCGGUACUGGCGAUCACAAUGACGGUGACGUAUUUAUCAGGGAUAACGAUGCUCGGGAUAAGCGGCGAAAUUUACAUCUACGGGAGCCAAUUCGUGGUGGUCGUUUUCGGAUUUUUGUUGGCGACACCGAUCGCAGCGUUCUUGUAUCUCCCGGUUUUUUUCAGGCUGCAAAACAUGAGUGUUUACGAGUAUCUCGAGAAAAGGUUCGGAAGAGUGGCGAGACUGACAGCGAGUGUCGGCAACCUCGUACAAAUGGGACUGUACAGCGGUGUCGUUUUGUUCGCUCCGGCGCUCGCGCUGGAAGCUACAACAGGGUUGUCGAGCACAACGAGCAUUUUUCUCAUCGGAAUAAUCUGCACUUUUUACUCGACUAUCGGCGGAAUCAAAGCGGUCCUGGCGACCGAUGUAUUCCAAGGAUUUCUCAUGCUGGCCUCGAUCCUCUGCGUCAUCGUCAUCGGAUGCUACGACCUCGAGGGCGGAGUCGCCGAAGUUUGGGAAGUUGCUACGAAAGGGGGCCGUUUGGAAGUUUUGAACUUCGAUAUCGACCCGAGCGUCAGACACACCUGGUGGACUCUGGUAAUUGGCACCGCGUUUUACUUCGCUGCCCAAAUUGGCGUCAACCAGAUCCAAGUGCAGAGACUUCUCUCCGCAAAGUCGCUGAGGUCAGCCCAGCUGGCGUUAUUUAUCAAUGGGCCGACGAUCGUGCUCGUAGUUCUCAUGACAGCCUUCUCCGGCUUGGUUUUAUACGCGUGGUUCGUGAAAUGCGAUCCGAUAGGUUCGGGUCACGUGUCAUCGUUCGAUCAGGUAAUGCCAUAUUUCGCAAAAGUGCGGUUAUCGAAAGUUCCAGGACUCACGGGUUUCUUCGUGGCCGGUAUAUUCAGCGCGACGUUGAGCACAGUAUCGGCGAUGUUGAAUUCCCUCGCAGCAAUCGCUCUGGCCGAUUACGUGAAACCGAUUUACCAUAGAAUCGGUCUCGAAUUAGCGGACUCGAGAGCUGCCUUGGUCGCCAAAAUUUUGUGCUUCGUAAACGGGCUCGUGUGCAUGGGAAUUGCUUACGCAGCUUCCGGUCUCGGAACUUUGAUAGAAACUGCUUUAGGUAUUAAUGGAACGAUCGGUGGCCCGAUACUCGGCCUCUUCAGUCUCGGUAUGUUCGUUCCGAUUGCGAACGAGGUUGGCUCCGUUAUCGGGAUUCUCCUCAGCUUGGCGCUCUCCGCUUGGAUUAGUUUCGGACAACCAAAGCCACCGAUUGCUCGACUACCAAUUUCUAUCGAGCACUGUGGCAACGUAACAAUUUUGGAAAAUAAUCAUUACCAGCCUCCAAUCGAUACGAGAAACUUGGACGACUCGGAUUACUUCUACCUCUAUCGGAUAUCUUAUCAACUGUACACGCCAAUUGGAACGCUGACAACGCUCAUUUUUGGCUACGUGGCGAGCAUAGCUGUGCGAUGCUUUUCUAAAACGACGAGCGAAGUGGAUCCUGAUUUAUUGACGCCGUACCUGGCAGCCCGAAUACGUAAAAAGGAUUCGAACGGUAUUGAAACGCCGAGUCGAGAGGACGAUGUUCUGAGCGUUGCAAAAUCUAGAACUCAAUUAUAAUAAUUCGAGUCUUCUGUGAGAAACGGAAUUUGUUGAUCGAGCAUAACUGUUUCGUCGAUUCAGCGACGUUUUCGUUGCAGUAAGAAAUAUUCUUUCGAGCCAGCAGAUGUUGGCUCGUUGAACCAACGAAACUUUCGUUCACAUAAGAAAGAUCAUGCGUUACUUGUGUUACUUCGAUUCAUAAAAGCAACUGAACUUUUUGCUCUUUUCAUGGUCAAAGAAACGAUUAAAAUUUAUUCUCGAAAUUAUUAAAAUUAUGUGCAACUUAU